CUCGCGCAGCGCCCCGCCCCCGCCGGCCUUUCGCGUGCGCGCGCGUCGCUGCGGCUUUUUUCUGGCCUCUGCGGCGCUCCCCUCCUCACCCCAGCGCUAACGGCACGCGGCUUCUUUCCGUGAGUCUCGCUGGCCGGCUGCGGAGACGCGGUGAUCAGCUCAGUGAGAUUGAAAUCACAGAAGACAAACACAUUCUUAAAAGGAAAAGAAGAAAUCUGUGUACUUUAUUGUUGGCUUCCAACGAUUACUAACUUUUAUCUGUCUCACUAAAAUUGAACUGCCUUGGCUCUACUGCUGCUCUUCCUGCUGCUUCCAUUAUUGCCUUCUUCAGCAAUAUAAGGCCUUCAAAAGCCAAAAAUAACAAGACAUAAGCAUCAUUUUAGAAGCCUUUCCACUAUGGAACUUAAACUAAAUGUGCUCACCAUUAUUUUGCUGCCUGUCCACUUGUUAAUAACAAUAUACAGUGCCCUUAUAUUUAUUCCAUGGUAUUUUCUUACCAAUGCUAAGAAGAAAAACGCUAUGGCAAAGAGAAUAAAAGCUAAGCCCACUUCAGACAAACCUGGAAGUCCGUAUCGUUCUGUCACACACUUCGACUCAUUAGCUGUCAUAGACAUACCUGGAGCAGACACCCUGGAUAAAUUAUUUGACCACGCUGUAUCCAAGUUUGGAAAGAAGGACAGCCUUGGGACCAGAGAAGUCCUAAGUGAAGAAAAUGAAAUGCAGCCAAAUGGAAAAGUUUUUAAGAAGUUAAUUCUUGGGAAUUAUAAAUGGAUGAACUAUCUUGAAGUAAACCGGAGAGUGAAUAAUUUUGGUAGUGGACUCACUGCAUUGGGACUGAAACCAAAGAACACUGUUGCUAUUUUCUGUGAGACCAGGGCCGAAUGGAUGAUUGCAGCACAGACCUGCUUUAAAUACAACUUUCCUCUUGUGACUUUAUAUGCUACACUUGGCAAAGAAGCAGUAGUUCAUGGACUAAAUGAGUCUGAAGCUUCCUAUCUGAUUACUAGUGUUGAACUUCUGGAAAGCAAACUUAAGACAGCAUUGUUAGAUAUCAACUGUGUUAAGCACAUUAUUUAUGUGGAUAAUAAGACUGUCAGUAAAGCAGAAUACCCUGAAGGAUUUGAGAUUCACAGUAUGCAAUCAGUAGAAGAGUUGGGAUCCAAGCCAGAAUACUUGAGUGUUCCUCCAAGUAGACCAACUCCUUCAGACAUGGCCAUUGUCAUGUACACCAGUGGUUCUACUGGCCGCCCUAAGGGAGUGAUGAUGCAUCAUAGCAAUUUGAUAGCUGGAAUGACAGGCCAAUGUGAGAGAAUACCUGGACUUGGACCUAAGGACACAUAUAUUGGCUACCUACCUUUAGCUCAUGUUUUAGAAUUGACUGCUGAGAUAUCUUGCUUUACCUAUGGCUGUAGGAUUGGAUAUUCUUCUCCGCUUACACUGUCUGAUCAGUCUAGCAAAAUUAAAAAAGGAAGCAAAGGAGACUGUACUGUACUGAAACCUACACUAAUGGCUGCUGUUCCGGAAAUCAUGGAUAGAAUUUAUAAGAAUGUUAUGACCAAAGUUCAGGAAAUGAAUUAUAUUCAGAAAACUCUGUUUAAGAUAGGGUAUGAUUACAAAUUGGAACAGAUCAAAAAAGGAUAUGAUGCACCUCUUUGCAAUCUGUUACUGUUCAAAAAAGUCAAGGCUCUGCUAGGAGGGAAUGUCCGUAUGAUGCUGUCUGGCGGGGCUCCGCUGUCUCCUCAAACACACCGGUUCAUGAAUGUCUGCUUCUGCUGUCCCAUUGGCCAGGGCUAUGGGCUGACAGAAUCAUGUGGUGCUGGGACAGUUACUGAAGUUACUGACUAUACUACUGGCAGAGUUGGAGCGCCUCUUAUUUGCUGUGAAAUUAAACUAAAAGACUGGCAGGAAGGUGGUUAUACAGUUCAUGAUAAGCCAAACCCCAGAGGUGAAAUUGUAAUUGGUGGGCAGAAUAUUUCCAUGGGAUAUUUUAAAAAUGAAGAAAAAACAGCAGAGGAUUAUUCUGUGGAUGAAAAUGGACAAAGGUGGUUUUGCACUGGUGAUAUUGGAGAAUUCCAUCCUGAUGGAUGUUUACAGAUUAUAGAUCGUAAGAAAGAUCUGGUGAAGUUGCAAGCAGGAGAAUAUGUGUCUCUUGGGAAAGUAGAAGCCGCACUGAAGAACUGUCCACUUAUUGACAAUAUCUGUGCUUUUGCCAAAAGUGACCAGUCCUAUGUGAUCAGUUUUGUGGUUCCUAAUCAGAAAAAGUUGACCCUUUUGGCACAACAGAAGGGGGUAGAAGGAACUUGGGUUGAUAUCUGUAAUAACCCUGCUAUGGAGGCUGAAAUACUGAGGGAAAUUCGAGAAGCUGCAAAUGCCAUGAAAUUGGAGCGAUUUGAAAUUCCAAUCAAAGUUCGCUUAAGCCCGGAGCCAUGGACCCCUGAAACUGGUUUGGUAACUGAUGCUUUCAAACUGAAAAGGAAGGAACUGAAGAAUCAUUACCUCAAAGACAUUGAACGAAUGUAUGGGGGCAAAUAAAAUACUGUUCUCUUAUUCACAGUUGCAGGGAAGGUGGCCUGAUAGUUUUUCUGUUCUAGAGUUUUUAAGUUUUUAAUUGAACUGUCUGUUAGAAUGUAAAGUGAAUCAUUCUAAAAACAUGGUAAUUAAAACAAAAAAUCAAAACUAAUUAACAUAGUUGUUGAAUCUGCUUUAACUUAGUUUUGCUUAGUUCUAGUGAAGCUGACAUUGAAAAGUUAUUUCCCUUUAGUUGUGUUAAUUCUAGAGCAGAAACUGUUUUUAAAAAUUAGCCUAAGAUACAUGUUUUCAUAAAGAAAAAUAAUGUUUAACAAUAAAUUGGAGUUGAAGUAAAUGUAGUUUGAGGAAAUUUGCAGCUCCCAAUGUCUUCCUAGUUCAGAAGUUUUAAAUAUUAAGCAUGACAAAAUAUAUGUAUUAACACUACUCAAAACAGAAGUGCUUCAGGGCUUUAAAUUUUUCUUUUAACCAGUUACCGGUUUGGUUUUGUUUUGGUUUGGUACCGGGAAUCGAGCUCAGGACUUGUGCUUCCCAAACAGGCAUUGUGCCACUGAGCUACAUCCCCGGCCCCUUAAACAGUAUCUUCAAGGGAAAAUUCAAUCGUAGUACGAUAUAUGAGGUCAAAUAAUACCUUAGAAAGUGUCAUUUUAACAUCGUAAUUAUUGCAUAGGUUAGACAUAGAAACAUUAAGAUAUUGUGAAGAAUUACAGUGCCUAAAGUAAGAAUAAAACAGCAUAUACAUACCAAAAAUAUUUAGUUAUAUAUUUGAAGGAAAUUUGAACUGGUGUUUGAAAUAUUGAGAUAUAAAAUCAGUGAUGAUAAUUGUUUGAAUGACCUAAAAGGAAAUUACAUUUUAAAAAAUGCUGAAAAUUGCCUUUCUGUGUUCAAAAUGAAAGACUUAUAUCGAAUAAAAUGAUGGAAUAGUUAUUCAAAAAUUUAACAAUAAACAUUUUCUGUUAGAAAAAGUGAUAAAAUUGUAAGUGGAGUUAUGUCCCUUACAUAGCACUAAACCUUGGAAGCAGAUUUGGACAAAUUACAUUUGUAAUUUAUGAUCUGAUUGUUGUUGAUGAUUUGACCCUUGAUCAAUUGUUUGCAUUUCAGAAAGCUUUUCAUUUUGCUUUAAUUUUAGCAAAGCGGGUUAUGAUAAAUAACUUCCCAAUUUCUUGUUCAAACCUACGGGUGAUUAAUUCUUUUGGAUGAGAUUUGGGAAGUCAAAGGGAAAAAAAACACUGUUACGUUUUCCUGUUUGUGAAGAGUUUAGAAACUGGAAAUGAUAGAUUUGGUAGAAGGACAGAGUUACUUGAUAAGGGACUUAGUUUAUGCAGUAGCUUGGAGUGUGGGUUUCUUUUUAAACCUUUAAAAUCUGGAAUUCACACUUGAACAAUAGUUACUAUGAAAAACAAAAAAUUUUAAUACUGUUAUUCUUUGCACUAUAUAUAUGUAUGUGUGUUUAUCUUACAUUGCUUUGUACAGAUGUGGGCCACCACUGCCACAAAAUAAAUUGUUUUUGUUCUAAAAUAUUUAUGAAGCAAAUAUUUAAAUGUUAUGUAUAUGGUGGUAAUAAGGAAAAAAUCAUCUGGUAUUAUAAGCAAGAAUGAAGGUUUUUAUAAAGAUUUUUGUUUGGUGUUCUACAAAGUAACAUUCUGGGCAAGUUUUCCCAGAAGUUAUAUAUGAUUAUUCUGACUCUUCCAAACUUGCCUUUCAAGAGUGAAUAACCAUUAUUAUCAAGUAGACUACUAUUUACCUUCUACUAUUUCUGGCCCACUGUUUAUCCAUUAAGGAUUAUUUUUCUUAGACUCUUCAAACGUGUGACUCCUCUUUCCAUUUGAAAUGGUGAUUUUUAAAUGUGUGAGUGCAUGCAUACUAUAUUAUCUUAGAUAUUUGCACCCCUACCCACCCCUAUAUCCUGAAAGCUGGAACACUGCCAACUAAUCUAUUGAAUAAGUCCAUUAGAAAUAUGUAAUUAACAAUUAAGGUUGGGUGCUGCUAAUUAUUUGCAAAAAUCCAAAUAUUGUUAAGGGACCAGGGAGAUGCCACUACCCCCUAAUUUUUCAUCAAAAAUAUGUGUUUAUGUAAAUGGAAAUAUUUCCAUAUUCAUAGUGACUUUUUAAGUAUUUAAACCUAAAGAUUUUGAUCUCACGUUUUUAUACCUGUUCAAAUCAUUCGCAGUUAUUACGUCAGCCAUCAAAUAAAGUUGUACUUAAUAAAUAUACUACAAGUAUAUACAUUUCUGAAUCAAACACUUGUGGUCUUUGCUUUAAUUACACAAACAUAUCUUGCCUCUUUGAUAUUUGUGUUAAUUUUCUUUUUCUCCUGGAAUGGAGGUAUAACUGUAUGGCUUUUCAGAGCUGGAAAAGUCAGAAAUUAAGGAGGGUAAUGUUCACAGAGACUGAUUAGUAAUUCCUUGCCUAUAUUUUCCUGGUAGCAUAUGACAAAUGUAUUUCAGUUAACAAAAUGAGAACAGUUUAAAGAUUGUGUAGUGUUUCAAAUUUGGAGGGAAAUUUUUAAAUUUUUGAAUGUAGUUGCAUAUUAUAAUGUAUUCAUAUAUGUAUGUUCUGUUAAAAUGCACGAUUUCAAGGAUUGUUAUUUAGACUUUGUGUUUAUUCUUGAUGAAAAGCUUUCUUCUUGUUUUUAAGUUUGCACUUGAGUCUUAUGAAAUAAAUUCACCCAUGUUAUCAAA